AUGGCUACUCAAACAACACCCAACCCACAAGCCCCCAACCUGGACCGCUACGUGGUGAUACAUGUGGCCACGACCUGCGACGAGCAUGGCGUAUACGUCACCAAGGACUCGGCUGAGGUGAUUGAGCUCGGAUGGAUCCUGCUGGAUGCAAAGUCCUGCGAAGAGCUUCACCGCGAGAGUGUGCUCGUGAAACCCGUCAACACGCCCAUCACGGCCCUGUGCACCAGCUUGACAACCCUGACAUGGGACCAGGUCCGCAACGCCGGCUCCUUCCGUGAUGCUGUGGAGCGCUUCAAUGCCUUUGCCCAGGAGCACAUGAUCCCAAAGAACCUCGAGUUCGCCUUUGUGACAUUGGACUCGUGGGACCUGCGGGUGCAGCUGCCCCGCGAGGCCCGCGACAAGUCGGUGGUGCUGCCCCCAUACCUGCAGCACUCGAGGACCUUUGACCUGCGAACAGAGUACCAGCGCUGGCAGGCGCACCACCCGGAGUCUUUGCCCUUCGGCUCGAGUGCCCUGACGAACAUCUGUGCGGCGUUGGAGGUGGAGCCGGUGCAGUCGUCUGCGCCUAUCAAACACAACCUGCCCUUUCACCUGCAGGCCCUCGCGCCUGCCUCGCCAAGACGUGCCAUGGAAGAAGCGGUCACGCUUGCAAGAGUCCUUCGCGGCUUAAUUCGCAAGAGCCAGCCUCCACAAGAACACCCCGACGUCCUAACAAAGCCAAUGGAUGCACGAGCCGACGUCCGCGCGUUUCUGUCCGAGCGCAGCAAGGUCCUGCACAUGAGCGGCCUGCCCCACGACACGACCCAGUCUGAGCUCGAGAGCUGGUUCACGCAGUUUGGCGGUCGCCCCAUCGCCUUCUGGACCCUCCGCACCCCAGACCAGCACAAGCCAACCGGCACGGGUUUCGCCAUCUUCUCGUCUCACGAGGAGGCUGCUGAGAGUCUCUGCAUGAACGGACGCGCCCUGAACGAGAAGGCCAUUGAGGUCUCGCCAUCAUCCAGCCGCGUGCUUGACCGAGCGGCUGAUAUCAUCACGCCGUUCCCACCCAGCAAGAACCGACCCCGCCCAGGUGACUGGAACUGCCCCUCAUGCGGCUUCUCCAACUUCCAGCGCCGCACAGCCUGCUUCCGCUGCUCGUUCCCCGCCAUGCAGCAAGGCCCGCCUAGCGACGCAAUGGCCUAUGGUGGUGGGUACGGCUACGGACACCCUGGCAUGAUGGGUCCUCCCCAGCACCACAUGGGUGGUCACGGUCACGGUCACGGAAUGGGUGGUGGCCACAUGCGCGGCGGUACUGGUGUCGUGCCCUUCCGUGCCGGUGACUGGAAGUGCGGCGAGAAUGGCUGUGGCUACCACAACUUUGCCAAGAACACUGCUUGUCUGCGCUGCGGUGCUAGCCGUGCCGGCGCUGCUGUCGUUGCCGACUCCGCCUUCCCGUCCCCAAUGGACACUCCCUCGGGCUACAGCAUGGGACCCCCCUCCAUGGGAGGUACCCCUGGUGCUGGACCCUACGGCCCCGCCGGCUAUGGUGCUGGUGGUUUCCCUGCGCAGCAGUUCGGCGGACCCCCCAGCUCCUAUGCUCUCCCCUCCGGCAUGGGUGCCGCCAGCCCGUACCCUCCCAUGGGUGCUCAGUACGCUCACAACGGAGGCAUGCACCAGACUCCCUUUGACAGCCGCUCAGCCGAGGCUGCCUUCACUGGUGCAGACCCCUACCAGAAUCAGGGCGCUGGCAACGGCAACGACCCCUUCUCCUUCCUCUCCACUGGCUUCGGCUCGCUGUCGAUGAACGACGACCGCCGCAACGUCUCAAACUCCGCCAACAAGUCACCGGCGUAA